UCGUCUCGUCCUCCGGUACUUAUCCCCGGGUUAGGUACCGGUACUUAUCUUGCAACCCCCUCAGUCGCCGCAGCUCCGGUCUUCCUACAGACGGAGGCGGGUACCAAAUUCUUUUUCAAUUCGAAUCUUCCGCCAUGUGACCCCCAAACAAGUCAAGUGAGGCCAUACUGGCCAGUUCUGGGUAUGAAUGAUGGGUUUUGGAUAUGA